GUAUAGAUAAAAUAUUUUUCUUGAAGGCUGACAUUAGAUGAUUGACUUUCUCAGACACGAACAAUUAAAAGGAAAUAAUUUAAUCCCUGCUUUCAAACGACUGUACUGUAAUAUUUGGUCUGACCAGCAGGGGGAGACAGAGUAAACAGCUGAAGGAGUGACAUCUGAGGGGAAGAUUUAUUACCUGAGAGAGUAAAUUACCUAAAGGAUCCUACAAUGAAGAAAGAAAACUGACACAUAUAUUAAUAUAACUGUUACCUGAACUUGUGUGAUGAAGUGCUUGAUUGUGGCACAGCUCAGGCUGACAAGUUACCAUGGUAAUAGUAACCAUCUCUCUUAUUUUCUGUCCUAAUCAUGUCUUUUUUCUUUUUUUUUCUUUUUUUAGGCCAUGGCAUUCCCUCCCUUCUCCCUCUCCUCCACCCCUAUCCUCCUCGCGCUGUUGCAGCUGACAGUGCUCCCUCUGGUGUUCGGAGGGGCGUACUACGGCCACAAGCCACACCCCCAACACCACCAGCCCCUCCCACACCUGGCCCACAUGGGCAUGGGCAAGGAGGGCCUCCCUCAGCAGCAGUACCUGGGCAAGGACAUGCACCACAUGCAGUACCCGCAGUACAGGAAAGAACUGCCCCAGAUGCCCAUGCACAUGGGCAAGGAAAACCCUCGCAAGGGUGGCAUGAAUGGCGGAGGACAGGAUAAAGGUCUGACCAUUCCCAGUGGAGCAGAAGGGUACCCAGCAGGUGAGCCAGGACCGUCUGGACCAGCAGGACCAGAGGGCCCCGCUGGCCCCCCUGGGCCUGCAGGAAACGGAGAGCCAGGACUCCCUGGUAACCCUGGCCCACAAGGCCCACCAGGGUUCCCUGGAGUGGGCAAACCAGGGCUCCCAGGUGUACCCGGAAAGCCAGGCGGCUUAGGUGAGCAAGGGCUGCCCGGGGAGCUGGGCCCUAAUGGUCCCGAGGGAGAGAUAGGACAGCCAGGGCCUCAGGGGCCCCCUGGUCCUCCAGGCCUGCCAGGGAUGGGUAAGCCUGGGGGUCAGGGUCUCCCAGGCCAGCCGGGCCCCCGAGGGGAACCAGGGCACAAGGGCCUCCCAGGACUACCGGGGUUACCAGGAUCUAAAGGAGACAAGGGGAUCGGUCAGCCAGGACAGCCAGGACAUAAGGGCCUACCGGGGCCCCCUGGACUUCCAGGCCAAGGAGGGGUGCCAGGAGUGGGCAGGCCAGGGAUGAAUGGGGUGCCAGGUCCACCAGGAGGCCCGGGGAAGCCCGGUGGCCCUGGUGAACCAGGACCAGCAGGGCCACCAGGAGAAGGGGGAGAUGUCGGCCCACCAGGUCUGCCCGGCCAGGGGAAACCAGGCCAGAGCGGCCUCCCGGGACAGGCAGGCUUACCAGGAGGGAAGGGCCACCCAGGACCGCCUGGUCUGCCUGGGAAGCCAGGUCUGCCUGGCUUCGGUAAGCCGGGGUUCCCCGGACCAAAGGGUGAUAAAGGGAUGGGAGGGCAGCCUGGAGGACCAGGGCCGAAAGGAGACAAAGGGCACGGUGGUUUGCCCGGAAUGCUUGGACCCCCUGGAACUAAUGGACCACCUGGUGGCCCCGGGCCUAUGGGUCCCCCUGGGGGAGUUGGUGGCCCUGGACCCAAAGGGGAGGCUGGAGAGGGAGGACCGAAGGGGCUUGACGGAGGUCUGGGUGAGCCCGGACCUCCUGGCCUGCCUGGUGAGAACGGCCUCCCAGGAGAAGGAGGGGAGCCCGGACCCAGAGGCCCACCUGGACUCUCAGGGCCUAAAGGAGAAGGUGGACACAAAGGGCUCCCAGGUCUCCCUGGAGCUCAGGGCCUGCCGGGACUGAAGGGAGACGGAGGACUUCCAGGUGAGGUGGGUCCCCAAGGUCCUAAAGGUAUCCCAGGAAUGGGAGGUGCUGGCGGGCCUAUCGGACCACCUGGUCUUCCUGGGCCCAAAGGAGACGGUGGCUCCCCGGGUCAGCCUGGCAACGUAGGCGAGGGCAGCCCAGGUGUUCCUGGUCCUGUCGGACCUCCAGGGAAAGCAGGUCCAGGAGGACCUCCAGGACAACCAGGUCAGGCAGGCCCUCCUGGACCACCAGGCCCACCUGGAGCCCCUUCCCUGACCCCCGACAUGAGCGGAGUCCUCCCUGAGAUGGGUCAUGGGCUGGAUGGCGUGAAGGCCGGAGGCUACGGCAAGAAAGGCAAAUACGGUGGGAAUGGCGCCGGAGAAAUCAUGGGCGCCAACGGUCUGGAGAUGCCGGCAUUCACCGCUCUGGUGACCACACCCUUCCCACCCGUGGGCAGUCCAAUCGUCUUCGACAAGCUCCUGUACAACGGUCGUCAGAACUACAACCCCCAGACUGGCGUCUUCACCUGCGACAUGCCCGGGAUCUACUACUUUGCCUACCACAUCCACUGCAAAGGAGCCAACGUGUGGGUGGCUCUGAUGAGGAACAAUGAGCCGGUCAUGUACACGUACGACGAGUACAAGAAGGGUUUCCUGGACCAGGCCUCAGGCAGCGCUGUGUUGCCCCUGCAGCCAGGGGACACUGUGUUCCUCCAGCUGCCUUCAGACCAGGCCGCUGGACUGUACGCCGGCGAGUACGUCCACUCAUCUUUCUCUGGGUAUUUGUUGUACCCCAUGUAGAAACCUGGAACAAGAGGGGGAUGGGGGAGAAACUGAGGAGAGACGUGGGAACGGGUGGUUGAGAGCGUAGGAGUGUGUGGUGAGAUGGCACGUGUUGAAAAGGUUGAUCAUGGGAUACUUCGAUGUGAGUUGUUUUCAAUGAAACAUGAAGUAUCUGUUGAGGUCUGCGGUACAUUGUUGUAGAGAUGGACAUGAGAGGGAAGGUUUCUGACGGAGUAAUCUGAAAGAGGAGUGUGGAUGUGAUAUACAGUUACUUUAUAGCCAUCUGAAGACUGAAAAAUGGAAGUUAAUAAUAUCUGCUUGGAUUAAAAGCUUGUUUUAAAGAGUGAAUUGGAAAUUGCAAAUAGUUUAUGUGAAAAUAUCACUUAUUGUUUGGUGUUUGUCACAGAAUGCCAAGGCUUUCCCUGCCCCUUAAUGUUCUUAAGCAAACUGGCAGCUGCCCUAAACUGAUUUUGUGGCAAAGAAUGUAAAUUGGAUUUAAAACAUGAAAGGAAAAUACGUUUUAAGAAAAUAAAAUGUCACGAGAAAUUGUAUCAGUCACGAUGCAGCGAUAGACAAUUGAUCUUGAUUGUUCAAGAUUCCAAAAGAUUAGUUCCCUCUUAUUUUGUACUUGUAUGUUUUUUUCCUCAUUAUUUUCUGACUAUUAUAUACAAACACCAUUUGUGAUGUUUAAGAAGAUUUUGGCAGAUGCAAUGGACGUAAUUUACAGUGACAUGGGUACAGGAGUGUUGUAAAAUGCCUUUUGUGGUAUGGAGAAACUCUUAACAGACAGACUGUUUGACCCAGAAAUAUGAAAACCACUGCUGUCUAUGAACAGACCCAUGUCUUAAUGUUUGUCAACAUCUGAAGGAAGCAGUAGCGUUGUUGUUGGCCAAGAAAAGAAAAAUUGCUUUAGAGAGCACAGACCCUUUUUUUCAGAGAUUUGUACAGCUUAUAGGGAGAGAUUGAUAUUUGAUACUGAUUACAUCACCCCCACUGACGUAACAGGAUUUUAAUCAUUCUUACGUUCUUACUUCAAUAAAAAAAAAAAAAUUAAAGUCUGGACUUUUGGAUAGAAUGAUUCCUCAGUGUAUUAUUAGCUAAGAUGAGCACAAUGCAUUUUCUGGUGUAUAUUUUGGCCUAAUUCUAAAUCAGGACUCCUCCUUUCUGGACCCGUCAUUGUAAAACUAUUAUAAGAACAGUAACAUCAGUAGAAAUAGGCUGAGAUUGCAUUUUCCCCUUUGCUCCUCACCCCUAGCACAAAACAUGUGAAAUGGAGUUUCACAUGACAAAAGUCUUAGAACAACAAUUGUCUCUGUAAUUUAUUAUUUUGAUUACUUUGUUUUUUUUUUCAUAUGGGACCAUGGUGAUAAACUGUUAGUAUAACCAAAAGAAAACUGUUUUAAUAUUAUACUGUUAUUACUGUUGAUGUUGUUUUUUUUUUAAAUAAAGAUGAUUUAAUUAAGAAAGACAGUUGUG